AUGGAUAGUGACGAUUCUGUCACUGAUCUACACUGGACUUGUGGCUCUGGCACGGGCUUAUAUCAAGUACAGGAUGUAUGGCUUCGACGAUUUUUUGUUCGCUUUGGCGACGCUCAAUCGAUUGCCAUUUUUAUUGGCCUGGGAGGUGGCCUAGCGAAGUUCAACUCAAUCACCACAUCGGCACAAAGGGCAACAUCAUCGAAAAAGUCCACUAUUGCUGCCAACAUCCUUUAUGCUGUAUCCCUCAGCCUAGCGAAACUCUCAAUCCUCGCCCUCAUCCUGCGGAUCAUCGGAUCCAAGGCUGGAAUGAGCAGACGGCUGUGUUUCGGACUGAUGAUAGUUACAGCAGUUUGGUGUGCUUGUGCCAGUUUGGCAAGGCUCGUCAACUGUCGCAUCGACGGUCUGUUGACUGUAGAUAACAUCGAUCAAUGCCCAGGCCAGACCACUCGUUGGAGUUUCAUCACAGCGAUUGAUAUAUUUACCGAGAUCUUUACCUGGCUGCUGGUAGUACAACUGUCUUGGUCCAUUCAAGCCCCGUUUGCCCGCAAGUGCCAAAUCGUCAUGGCCUUUUCAUUCCGCCUUCCGCUCAUCGCCCUCUCGGCCGUCCAUCUUGCCUAUUGCAAAAAGUACCCAUCCGCUUCCGAACCACAGUUCGCCAUUACGAAUGCUUUGAUGUGGCAGCAGGUCAUCGUUGCUUGGUCUAUCAUUUCUGCCACUGUACCAAAUCUCAAGAACUUCCUCAAGUCCUUCUCAAUAGGAAUGGGGUUUCCCGUGGCCUUCGACCUGACUAUGUCUGGAAAUACCGACACGUAUGCACUUCAGUCCCUGGGAAGAAGUCGUUCCGUCACCACUUCGGCGGCAGAGAUUGCUGUGAAAUACACCACGCGCAGAGCAUCGCGCGGUCAAUCAAGUAGCUGGAAUACAGACAGGGUAUCGAACAAAAAGACGACGGUAUAUGAUCGGGGUGAUAUGGAUAUGUCACGAGAAGGGCAAAGUUCCCGGGCUGGAAGUCAAGAGAUGAUCAUCAAGAAAGAGGUGGCUUGGGAUAUCACGUACGAAGAUCGCGAAUAG